UUCCGUCGCCGGAAGUGAUGAGGUUCGGUUCCGUCCCGCCGCCAUAAAGAGCGGUAGGUUGGAGCGGGGCCGGGUCGUCGCUCGGAUCCAUCAUGUCGAUGUCACACUUAUACGGCACGGACGGGGAGGAUGGAGUGGAAAUGGAGAACUUCGAAGUGUCGGAUUGGGACCUUCAGAACGAAUUCAACCCACACCGGCAUCGCCACCGGCAGACCAAGGAGGAGGCCACCUAUGGCGUGUGGGCCGAGCGGGAUUCGGACGAUGAGAGGCCCAGCUUCGGCGGCAAGCGAAUGGGUGGAAAUUUCAAGCCCAGUCAGAAAGGUUUUGUAGGGGGCACAAAAUCUUUCAUGGAUUUUGGCAGCUGGGAGAGACAUACAAAGGGAAUUGGGCAGAAACUUCUCCAGAAGAUGGGUUAUGUCCCUGGAAGAGGUCUUGGAAAGAAUUCUCAAGGUAUUAUUAACCCAAUUGAGGCCAAGCAAAGAAAAGGCAAAGGAGCUGUGGGAGCAUAUGGCUCUGAAAGAACCAGCCAGUCUUUGCAAGACUUCCCUGUUGUUGACUCGGAAGAAGAAGCUGAAGAGGAAUUUCAGAAAGAACUCAGUCAGUGGCGGAAGGAUCCUAAUGGAGGCAAGAAAAAGCCCAAAUACAGCUAUAAAACAGUAGAAGAACUGAAAGCCAAGGGUAGGAUUAACAAACAGCUUUCAACCCCUCAGAAGGAGCUCUCUCAAGUCAAGGUUAUAGAUAUGACGGGCCGGGAGCAAAAGGUUUAUUACAGCUACAGUCAAAUUAGCCACAAGCAUAAUAUUCCUGAUGACAAUCCCCAGCAGCCACUGGGCAAAGACUCUAAGCCCCAGGGAUUUGCCCUGCCUGAGCUGGAGCACAACUUACAGCUUCUCAUUGACAUCACUGAGCAGGAGAUCAUCCAGAGCGACCGCCAGCUGCAAUAUGAGAGAGACAUGGUAGUCAACCUGACUCAUGAGAUACAGAAGAUGUCCGAAAUUCUCUCACAUGAGGAGACAGCAAUUAGCAAUCUCAGCAAAGUCCUGGAUAUGGUGGAAGAGUGUGAGAGACGGAUGCAGCCUGGUUGUGAAAAUCCUUUGACCUUGGAUGAGUGUGCAAAGAUUUUUGAGACACUUCAAGACAAGUACUAUGAAGAGUACAGAAUGUCUGAUAGGGUAGACUUGGCAGUAGCAAUAGUCUAUCCUCUCAUGAAAGAUUACUUCAAGAACUGGGAUCCCCUCAAGGACUGUACAUAUGGUACAGAGAUUAUAGCCAAGUGGAAGAGCCUUUUGGAAAAUGACCAGCUGUUAUCACACGGUGGGCAGGACCUGUCAACGGAUGCUUUUCACAGACUGAUGUGGGAAAUCUGGAUGCCAUAUGUCAGAAACAUAGUGGCGCAGUGGCAGCCAAGGAACUGUGGAUCAAUGGUGGACUUCCUGGAUAGCUGGGUACACAUCAUUCCUGUGUGGAUAGUGGACAACAUUCUGGAUCAGCUUAUUUUCCCCAAACUACAGAAAGAGGUUGAAAACUGGAAUCCUUUGACAGACACAGUCCCAAUCCAUUCCUGGAUCCAUCCCUGGCUUCCCCUGAUGCAGGCACGAUUGGAACCACUUUAUUCUCCCAUCAGAAACAAGCUGGCGAACGCGCUGCAGAAAUGGCAUCCCAGUGACUCCUCAGCCAAACUUAUCCUUCAGCCGUGGAAGGAUGUGUUCACACCCGGGUCAUGGGAGGCUUUCAUGGUCAAAAACAUUGUGCCUAAACUUGGGAUGUGUUUGAAUGAACUCAUCAUAAACCCUCAUCAGCAGCACAUGGAUGCCUUCUACUGGGUGAUUGACUGGGAAGGAAUGAUUUCUGUCUCCAGUCUUGUUGGGUUGCUGGAGAAACACUUCUUCCCAAAAUGGCUGCAGGUGCUGUGCUCUUGGCUUAGUAAUAGCCCCAAUUACGAAGAGAUCACAAAGUGGUACUUGGGCUGGAAGUCCAUGUUCUCAGACCAAGUGUUGGCACAUCCAUCCAUCAAAGACAAAUUCAAUGAAGCUCUUGAUAUCAUGAACCGGGCUGUCUCUUCCAGUGUUGGUGGCUACAUGCAGCCAGGUGCCCGGGAGAACAUUGCAUACCUUACUCACACAGAAAGGAGGAAAGACUUUCAGUAUGAAGCCAUGCAGGAACGGCGAGAGGCCGAGAACAUGGCUCAACGAGGCAUAGGCAUGGCAGCCAGCUCUGUGCCAAUGAAUUUUAAGGACCUAAUUCAGACGAAAGCAGAGGAACACAACAUUGUUUUCAUGCCCGUGAUCGGAAAGCGACACGAAGGGAAACAGUUAUAUACGUUUGGACGGAUUGUGAUUUACAUUGACAGAGGUGUUGUAUUUGUACAAGGAGAAAAGACCUGGGUGCCAACCUCUCUCCAGAGUCUCAUUGACAUGGCCAAGUGAGGCUCCUGCUUGAAACUGUGAAGGUGAUCUUAGUAAUGUUUUUCCAUGUAACCGUCUUAGAAUAAAGACGUUACAGAUUUGCAAACAGUGGAACUGCAGCUGGAUGCCAGGAUUGUUUUCUUGGCUGUUGCAACAGUGUCAAGAGGUGAAAUGAUACGUAGAAGCUAAUGCAAAGGGAGGAAGGGGGAGGAGCAAGCAGUUCCAAUGCUUGUGUAAUGGCCACUUGUGAUACAGAUUCAGCAAUAAUUGUCUCAAACCACUAAACAAGUGAGGGCAGGGCCAACAGUAGAUCAGCCUCAAACGCUCCACCAACAGAUUUUGCAGCUCUACUUGACAGCGGCAGUGCCCUGGCAGUGGUAAUUACUGUCUCAAUGGUGUACUCCCACAGCUAACCCGACACUUGCCUCAGCUGCUUAAUCAGAGGUUCAGGCUGUGAUGACCAGUUUCCCAUACAGUGAGUGUAAGUCAAAGUGGAGCUUUUACUUUUAUUAAAAAAUCACUAUGAUACAAAAAUGUCCCAUCUAGCUCAGUGUUCAGGUGCUGCUUUUGGCAGCAGUGCUGUCAGUGCUUGAGUGUCACCUUGGCUGUGCAGGAGGACCGAGGGAAGAGGCAGAACUUAGGCCUGCACUGGAGCAGGGCUGUGCUGGCUCCCUUCCUCCCCCUUCCUGAUGAUCUCCAAGUCAUCACAUUCCUCAUAAGUCGGCUCCUCCAGGAACUCCCAAGCUUCAGCUGAGAGUCUCUCCAGUUUAUAUGCAGGGAACCAGUGGAUGGAGGUGUCGUUAAAGGUAUCCAAGUACCGCGGAUGAGCAGGGAGGGCAACUUCCUCCACCCCUUUUAAAACCUAAAGAGCAUUUGGAAAAACACAGAGCAAAAGAACUUCUGUGCAAGUUUAUGUGAAAGAUGGGAGUGUUGUGUUAACUGUGCCCCUCUUUGCAACGUGUUCUGAAGAUAAUAAAAUGGUCCCAAGGCUUUAAAAACAACCAC